AUGUCUAUAGAAUUGCUGGAUUUUCUCUCAACAACCACAGUCAUUUCGACAAUCCUCCAGUUUCUCUCUGGAAUCCUCGUUUGCCGGAAGUGCAUGCAAAGGAAAUCAACAGAAAAUGUUUCGGCUGUGCCAUUUAUUUCCGGUUUCCUUUCAUGCAGUUUGUGGCUGAAAUAUGGUCUGCUGACCAAUGAAGCCUCCGUGGUUCUAGUCAAUAUAGCCGGGACGUGCCUGAUGUUCUGCUACACCGUGAUCUUCUACGUCCUGUCUACGAAUAAAAAGGUCAUCCUGCGCCAAUUUGCAACAGUCCUCCUUGUACUCGUAUCUGUUGUUGCGUACACGCAGUACGAGGUGGAGGAACAGAGGGCCAUUGAGAUAUUGGGUAUUAUCUGUUGCACCGUGACUGUAUUAUUCUUCGCAGCCCCUCUGACGAUGUUGCUUCAUGUGAUAAGAGUCAAGAAUUCAGACAGUCUUCCCUUUCCAAUGAUCCUCUCUUCCUUCUUCGUUUGCCUUCAGUGGUUUAUCUAUGGUGUGAUCAUUGAGGACUCCUUUAUUCAGAUACCAAAUUUCCUGGGGUGCAUCCUCACAAUCUUGCAACUGACGCUCUUCCUCAUCUACCCGGGAAAGAGCUCAAGUGGCCCAUCGUACAAACUUCUGGACUCGAAUGUCACAAUGUCCUAAGAUCAAAAGAACGCACCAUGCAUUGCUCUAUGGAAAGUAUUUAUAGCAAAACCGAAAAAAAAGUAUCUGUGCAUUAAAUACAAAUUAAAGACUUUAGUGAGACAA